CGAAUCGCUUUUAGGUGCAACUCUGUUUGCCACAUCUGGGCUUCCGUACUGGUGAAGCGGUGUUGUGUUCACUAAUGUAUAAAGAUGGCUGAGCUGACUACAUUAGAGAGUCUGUUGGAGAUGGGAUUUGACAGGAAUAGAGCAGAGAGAGCUGUAGCCAACACAGGGAACCAGGGAAUCGAGCAGGCUAUGGACUGGUUAAUGGAGCAUGAAAAUGACCCAGACAUCGAUGAGCCAUUUGUGCCACCUGCAGAGAAUGUCCUGGGAGGCACAGCAGACGUGACGACUAGUUCAGAAAUGGCAGAUUUAGAUCCUGGUGAAGAGACAGUGGGUGGAGACAUCAUUAACCCUGAUGGCUCAAAACGGCCAAUGACUGAAGAGGAGAAAAGGGAACAAGUUAAAAGACUUGAGGAACUGAUGCGAGUCAAGCAAGCCGAGAGGAGAGAGCGUGAAAAGGCUGAGGAGAUCGAAAGGGAAAAGACUCGAAGGAAACAAGGACAAGAGCUGCAGCAAAUUCGUCAGAAGCUACAGGAGGAUGAUAUGAAGAAAUUAGCAGACCAACGGAGAAAAGAGAAAAUGGAAGACAAACUAGCAAGGCAAAGGGUUAAAGAAAAAAUUGCCAGAGACAGAGAAGAAAGAGCUCAAAAGUUUGGGGGUGGUGCAUCAUCAUCCCAGCCAAGUCCCACAUCGCCUCCUGGUCAAGGUCCUCCACCCACAAAAAGAGAGUAUGAUGAGUCUCGGAUACAAAUUCGUUUGCUGGAUGGUUCAACUAUCACCGCAUCUUUCAAGGCUCAGGAGCCUUUGGCGGCCGUCCGUGUGUAUGUACAAAUGAAUGGCAACACACCAGAAGGUCAGGACUUCUCACUUCUGUCACCAUAUCCCCGUCACCUCUACACAGAGCUGGACAUGGAGAAGCCACUUAAAGAACUGGGUUUGGUGCCUUCAGCUGUGUUGGUAGUUACCAAAAAGUAAAUAUACUCUAAUUUCUCUGAGCCUACCUUACCUCAAUAACAACAGGUGAAACAACAAGUGACUCCAACAUCUUGGCAUCAUUGAACAAACCAACCAACAAAUAAUUUUUUGCAGCAUGUUCAUGGUAUUACAGUAUAGGGGUUAACAUUGAAGGCAAUCAAGGAAUUGAGGUUUUUAACAUAAAAAAAAAAAAAAGAGUUGAAACUUUAUUGUUCAGUUUUCACAAAUAUACUUACAUAUUAUAAAAGAUGCACCUGUUUGUUUGUGAAAAGAACUUGAGGGCAUAAUUUGGUGAUGAACCGUACUUGCCAAUUCCAAAAUCGCAAAGCAGAUCAGAAAUUUUUUCCUGGCAAAGAUGUUUCUCUUUUAAUUAUAAAUGAAAAGAGGGUUAUAAAAAUAUAGUGUGAUCUUUAGUCACACUAUACACCCAGGAAGGAGACCCCAGGGAAGACCUAGCACACGCUGGAGAGACUAUGUCUCUUGGCUGGCCUGGGAACGUCUUGGGGUCCGCCCGGAGAAGCUGGAGGAAGUGUCCGGGAUGAGGGAAAUCUGAGAGUCCCUGCUUAGACUGCUCUCCCGGAUAAGCAUAAGAUGGAUGUUUAAUCAGAAAUGUCAAUAAAUAAAAAUAUCGAUCUGCUUUAUGGUGUUGGACUUUUUCUGAACACAACUGCAUAUGUUUUAAUGAUGUGCAUUUGACAUUUUCCAAUAAAAUAUGGAA